AUGUGUGGGACGGGGAUAUGCACACCAAUAAACAAAACCGGUGAGGUGCAAGAUCCUGUUGCGAGAGAGCUGUUGGCAACUCUGAGUAAGCUGAAGGAGGACAAAGAAGCACAACUUCAGCAGUCUCAUCAGUUGUCUGCGAAUGAUGGAUCUACAGCUUCUAACAUGCUGUCCCGCGAAGAGAUCAACCAACUGGUUCUCGAGAAUGUUCCUAUUAAGAAGGGUCGUCUGUAUGGUAUCGGUCGUACCUCUGAAGCUAUCUCAACCUCAUCAUCUCAGCUCUCUGUUUCUUCCUAUUUCGUCGAGUAUUGUUAG